CAAGCCUUUACGUUAUAGAUAAUGACUCAAGGAUUCAUAAAUCAAGGAAUCAAGGUUAUUGAUUCAUAAAAAAAUUCGACAAAAUGUACUUCCAACUUCAUUUUCUUUUUGGAAACGAGGCUGUAUCUAAAUGGAAACCUAUGUUGUGAACUUUGGAAGUAUAGAAGUUGCAAUUGGGCAGUAUGUCUUGUUUGUUUCCGAUGCUCUGGAAGAAUCUGAAUAAUUUUAAAAUUUCACCUAGUUUUCUCCAAGUGUAUACGAUUAUAACGAGAUCUUUCCUGCCAGCAAGUAGAAGCUUCGGAACAUUAAAAGGUAUACAGUUUCACGGCGAGUAUGAAUGGCAGGAUCCGAAAUCCGAGGAUGAAGUAGUUAAUAUUGUCUUUAUUGAUCGCAAAAAUCAAAGGCAACCAGUUCGUGGCAAAAUUGGUGAUAAUGUGCUAUACCUGGCUCAUAGACAUAAUGUGGAUCUUGAAGGUGCCUGUGAAGCAUCUCUUGCCUGCUCAACCUGUCAUGUUUAUGUGGACGAUAACAUCUUAGACAUAUUACCAGAACCGCUUGAAGGGGAAGAAGAUAUGCUUGACAUGGCUCCUCUUCUGCAGGAUAACUCAAGGCUUGGUUGUCAAAUAGUACUGACAAAAGAAAUGGAAGGGAUGGAAUUGACCUUGCCAAGAAUAACAAGAAACUUUUAUGUUGACGGUCAUGUACCAAAGCCUCAUUAAUAAUUUGUAUAUUUUUAGAAGUAUUUUUAAAUACUAGUGCAGGGACAAACCUUUUACAACAGAAGUAGGUGGAAAGGCCUGUAAAUCUGUGUGUAGCAUAGAACUACUUGAAACCAGAGUUUAUUGGAGGAAGAUGGUAUUAACCGGGUUCCAGAAGAUGAAGACAGAAAUCUUUCAAGAAUCAGACUUUUACGUUUCUUAUUGAAUAAAAGCAAUUGCACAAUGUUUUGCCAUGCACUUUCUUCAACCAAAUUUUGAAAUACAGACUUACCAUAUCUAAGUGUUAAAAACACCUAAAGUGUGCAAAUUUUAAAAAUGGAAAUUCUGAUCAAAACAAUGAUAUGAUUUAGCACAAAGUCGUCUACAAAAUUCAAAAAGUGGGCUCUUGGUUUGUGAAACUGUAGUAUCUAAAUAAUUUUCUCUGCUAACAUGUUGUACUAAAACUUUUUUUAUUUAAGAAAUGAAAAGAAAAAAGGAUUGAAGAUUCCAGUUUUUGUAAUUCCGAAAUUUCCUGAAUAUAUUAUAAAGCUAGGAAUUUGCUUUUGUGAUAAUUCUUAUAUAGUGAAGGAGAAAAAAGACUGCUGACUUAAAGGAAUUACUGAUAAACAAAUGCCAAUCUGGAGCAGUCUACAGGGUCCUUCUGU